CAGCUUUGUUCAGAUGACGCGCGUGAUUGAGCGUUCCUUCCAUACAGAGUCUGCCAUGGAGCGCCAGGAGUGGGUUGACGCCAUCACGGGACUCAAGCACUCCCUCGAGGGAGCCGGUGACUCGCGCGGCUCGCGGUCAUCACACGACACCCGCGCCAUGUCCUUCAUUGGCGGCCGCCCAGAGCCCGCAGACAUCUCCAUGGACAGCUUCGAAAUGCUCAAGGUGCUUGGCAAGGGCAGCUUUGGCAAGGUGAUGCUUGCCAAGCUCAAGUCAUCGGGUGCCGUUUACGCGAUCAAAGUUCUCAAGAAGAGCAUGAUUCUGGAGAAGAACGAGCUGGCGCACACGUUUACGGAGAACUCCGUGCUGGCCAAGUGCUCGCAUCCGUUCCUGACGUCGCUGCACUACUCGUUCCAGACACCAGACCUCCUCUGCUUCGUCAUGGAAUACGUCAACGGCGGCGAGCUGUUCUUCCACCUGCGCAAGGAGAAGAAGUUCAGCGAGGACCGCACGCGCAUCUACAUUGCGGAGAUUCUGCUUGCGCUGACAUACCUGCACGACCAAGGCAUCAUCUACCGCGACCUCAAGCUCGAGAACCUGCUGCUCGACGCCGAGGGACACAUCAAGAUUACGGACUUUGGUCUGUGUAAGGAGGAGAUCACGUACGGCUCCACGACGCGCACCUUCUGCGGCACCCCAGAAUACCUCGCGCCUGAAGUGAUUCUCGACUCAGACUACGGCCUUCCUGUCGACUGGUGGGGCCUUGGGAUUGUGAUGUUUGAGAUGCUGAGCGGAAAGCUUCCGUUCAACUCGCACGACUACGAGGAGCUCUUUGAGCUCAUCAUCACACAGGAGGUCGUCUUCCCGCCCAUCAUUGGCGACGUCGCCCAGGAUCUGAUUGGCAAGCUGCUGCAUAAGGACCCUGCCCAGCGCAUUGGCGGCGGCGCGCGCGACGGCCACGAGAUCCAGGAGCACCCCUGGUUUGCAUCCGUCGACUUUGACAAGCUCUACCGCCGUGAAAUCCCAGCCCCGUUUGUACCACAGGUCAAGUCUGCCACGGACGUGUCCAACUUUGACGACCACUUUACCUCGGAGGCGCCGCGCCUGACGCCGCCCAAGCCCGGCGAGCUCGACGCAACAUCCAGCAGCGCGUUCAAGGACUUUGACACCAUCAAGCCCCAGGCUGACCUCUCGUGAUGAUCCAACGUGCUGUCGUGCUGUGUUGUAGCCAAGCUGUCUCCAUGUGUGGCGGUGUGGCGUGCUUUGUCGUUGUGGUGGUGGUUGAGUGUGGAGUGGUUGUAUGGCACCCGCCCCCUCCUCUUUCUUCGUCAUUGUUUCACAUCACACCCAACACACCACCCCUGUCCUUGUUCUCCUCCUUGUCUCCUUCCUACUGCUGGGUGGAUCGGUUAUCAUCCCGUUUGUUGUGGCGGUCGUGCUUGUGUUUCUUACCCGCGCGCGUGCCUGCCUGCCUGUCUACCUGCACCUUUUUUUUUUUUGUGUGUGUGUAUGUGUGCGUGUGUGUUCGAGUGUUUGUUUCGUGGUGCUUGAGUGCUUGUGCUUGUGGACUGCUUGCUUGCUUGUCUCGUCUCGUCUCGUCUCGUCUCGUCUCGUGUUGCUCAUUUUGCUUUGCCUGGUGUGCUUGCCGACUGUUUGCGCAAAUGAAAACGCAUGUGUACG